AUGUCGAGCUAUCUGCCGGAGGAAGUGGUGGUGAAUAUACUCGGCAGCCUGCCACCAAAAUCCCUAUUCCGAUUCAGGUGCGUUUGCAAAACCUGGCGAACUCUGGUCGGAAACCCUGAUUUCUUUACCCCAAACUCCAUCAACCAAUCCAUUCUCCCGGACCCCAAUUGUGCUGCUGCUCCUCUUCUCCUCUUCGAACCUAGAUCCAGAUUUUCCAAAUUCAAUUAUAAGAAUAUUUUUUAUUUCCUCUCUGGCGACACCCUGGAGCGCCACUCUCUGGAGCUAAGUACAAAUCAAGCUUUUAAGAUUGUGGCUUCCUGUAAUGGCUUAAUCUGUCUCCACGAACACUAUGAAAAAAUCUAUCUUUGGAACCCCGCAACUUCAGAAGCUAUCAAGCCUCUCCCGCGCCUCCCACCUUGGCAGUAUGAGACGGGUGCGAGAAUGAAGUUUUGUGCCAUUCUCAUCACCGUCGGAUUCGGUUUCGACCGGAGAUCCAACGACUUCAAGGUGCUGAGGAUUUCUAACAUUGUGCGCAAUAAUCGCAAUUAUUUGUGCUACGAUAUUAGAACCGAAAUCGGGAAGAAGACGACCAAUCGCCAGGUGGAAGUGUACAGCCUGAGCACUCGGAGAUGGAGACUGAUUGACGUCAGCGUGCCGUUUGAUGAACUUUGCAUACGCCGGCCGUUGGAUGACCUAUUAAAUUUUCCGACCACCGCUUCAGAUGGGUUUUUCUUCUGGUGGGUGGUGCCCACUAAACAUCAUGGCCGGUAA